UGGAGGUUGGCCGGUAUGAGUAUUAAAAGAUCAGAACCGAGGCGUGGUGGACCAUAAGCGUCUCAGUCGUCAUCCAGCACACACCUUCCUUCUUCUGGUGAGCGUAAUCGACAAUGGUGAGGACGAUGGAAGGCGUGGUGGUGGUGCUGGCAGGACUGGUGGCAUUAGUCACUGCUCACAAGUUUGAGAUGGGCACCUGUAAGCCAAAGCCUGGAGUAGAGAACUUUGAUCCACAACAAUUCAGUGGCACGUGGUAUGUGAUCGAGACCUUCAUGUCAACUAGUUCGUGCAUCACCGACACUUACACUCAGACUGGGGAAGGGUUCCAAGUGAAGCGUACCAAGGAGUUAUACCCCGGCAGGAUUUUCAGCAUCGACCACAUCUUCACCGUCACCGGAGACAUUAGGUUCAAGGAUCCUAAUGGUGACUUAUCUGCCAUGACGCUGGAAUGGCCGUGGAGUAUGAGAAACCAUGAUGUCACCGUAUUGGACACCGAUUACUCGCAGUACGCCAUUGUGUAUGAUUGUCAGUCAAUGUUUAUAGUACGUCGUGUCUCGUACAGCAUUAUCGGUCGCGAGAGAACCUUGGACAACUCGACCAUUGAGAGUGCGAAGAGUAAGCUGGUGGAGUUGGGUGUCAAAUUAAACAACUUGUCGACGGUCAAUCAUGAAAACUGCAACAAGGAAGGCGAGGCCGACUUUGACCUCAACUUUGAUGAAGUGAUCAACACAUUCAGUGGUGGUAGUGAUGGGGAGGCGGAGGAGGAGGUGGAGACUGUGGACGUUGGUGAGAAUGAAGUGUAGCUUCAAGGACGUCAAGGCAGGAGUCUUACUGUGAGGGGGAGGAGGAGGUUCUGUGAUCACCAGACAACUACUAACACCACCACCACUGGCAUCAUCCUCCAUCACCACAUGAGACAGUGUAAGAGUAUGUUGUUGUGGUGUGGGGGAGACACCGGGGAUGCACACCAUCUACGUAUUGUAUUAUUAUGACAAAAGAAGAUUACAGUUGAGGUGGGGUUUGCUUUGGGUUGUUUUAUGAGCAUUAGACUGAUAAAAUAAUAAAGGUUUAAAGAAAAAAAUAAUUUUUAUUUCGUUAUUAUACUCGCCACCCUGUGACGGCCAGGGCUGAUACUGGCUAUAUGUUUAAACGCUAGUAAAUCCUUUACUUUAAUGUAAACAGAUUAAUUUUUCUCCAGACGUAUAUUUCAUUGUUUGUUUAUAUAUGCAGGCAAGUCACGUGUUCGACUAGUAGGCAGUUAAUGUGACGGGUUGGUCGUUUAACCCCAUCACGAAUGGGACGCCACUUUUAAAAUUUUAUUUGGCUAACGCCAGACGAUUUUAUUCAACAGAGAGAAACCGUCGUACACAAGGAGUAUGUUACGGGAUUUUUUCGUGGUCUUAAAUCUUUGAGUGUCUCAGUUACCUUAACACUACUUCACCAAGGAGAUUAUAUGAUGUAUCACCACCCUAGAAUUUCACUCCACUUACUGGCUUUCAAUGUGUUAUAUACCUAAUAAAUGAUGAUUUAA